UCCUCCUCUUCCAGCAGCAGCCGCCGCAGCAUCCGUGGCUCCCCGCACGGAACAGCGGGUAUUUGUAGGACACAGGGCCUGCGGAGGGAGGGGACCUGGCCUGGGCACGGAUCCCAAAGAGGCCCCGGGGCCGCCGCUGGAUGGAGUCGGGCUGCAUUCAUACAGCAAUGGCUAUGGGUCUAACAUCGAAAAAGGCGUCUGCUCGGAGCGUCGGCGUGGAGCGAAAAAACCUCAUCACGGUUUGCAGAUUCUCUGUAAAGACUCUCCUGGAAAAGUACACAGCAGAGCCCAUAGAUGACUCAUCCGAGGAGUUUAUUAACUUUGCCGCCAUAUUAGAGCACAUCCUCAGCCACCGCUUCAAAGGUAACACUGCAGGUUCAGGAAGCUGGUUCAGCUCAGAUGGACAGCGCAGCUUCUGGGAAUAUAUCCGGCUGGCGUGCAGCAAGGUGCAGAACAACUGCAUCGCCAGCAUUGAAAACAUAGAGAACAUCAGCACAUCCCGAGCAAAGGGGCGCGCAUGGAUUCGAGUGGCGCUGAUGGAGAAGCGUCUGUCUGAAUAUGUGUCCACGGCUCUGAGGGACACAAGAACUACCAGGAGGUUCUAUGAUGACGGGGCCAUUAUGCUGAGAGAGGAGGCCCAAGUCCUGACUGGCAUGCUGAUUGGACUGAGUGCCAUUGACUUCAGUUUCUGCCUGAAGGGGGAGACCCUGGAUGGGAAAUCCUCUGCUGUCAUUGACUACACACCUUACCUUAAGUUCACCCAGAGCUACGACUACCUGAGCGAUGAGGAUGACCGCCGCAGUGUGGACAGCAGUAACAGCGAGGAGAGUGUCCCCGAGCACCCCUACAUCCCUCUGGUGACCGACGAGGAGAGCUGGAGCAACAAGUGUCGCAAGAUGGAGCAGAGGUUUAAGAUCGUCUACGCCCAGAAGGGUUAUCUGGAGGAGCUGGUGCGCCUGCGGGAGUCGCAGCUGAAGAACGUGGAGACGGAGAACAAACGCCUGCGAGCAAAGGUGGAGGAGCAGGCGGUCCAGAGCCAACAGGAGAAGGAGGAGCUGGAGGCCGUCGUGCUCGAGCUGCAGGCACAACUCUCUGCCCUCAUGCCCUGCGAUUCCUCCCAUCUGGCUAAAGAUCUUUCCAUCCCGCUGGUCAACCAGUGGUCCACCAUCUCAAACAACCAGGGCGAUGUCAAGCUCUUCCGCAGGAGGAGUUUCCACAGUUUUGAGCAACUUUCUGUUGACGUGAGUCUGAACUCUGAUGGGAGGGCCGAUGGGAGACACAACGGAAAUGUUGCCUGGACUUCAGAAGGAAAAGAUAACACUCCCUCCAUGCUGGGUCUGUGUGGCUCUCUGGCGUCUCUACCAAGCUCCAAGUCCCUGGCCAGCCUCAAGUCCAGUGAGUGUUUGGUCAACAUCAGCACUGAACCCAGCCCUGCACUCACUCCCAGCUAGGAGCUCCAGAGCCACAACAGAGAGUGAACCCCAUCCUGUCUGCCUGGUUAUGCUGCGUUGACCGUGAACCCGACGGAAACCCCGCUUCCCCAAUCCACGAGACCAUCCACAACUCCAUGAGAACAGGGAAGUCAUGCCACCAUCUCUGGAUUGUUGUACACACGAGAGUGAAGUCAUCCUGAAGCUGAAAGGAUCCAUGGUUUUUUGGGUUCUUCCCCUUCUCCUUGCCUUACCCGCUCAACUCCUCUCAAUCACUCCACCACAACCACUUUGUACUAUCUGUGAAUCCCUUCAUCCAAGAUCAUGCAAUCCCUCCACAACUUCCUGAGCAGUCAUGUAUUUCCUUAAAUAGUACUCCCAUGUUGCUCCUUAUUUGAAUAUCAGCAUUCUUCUCCAUGGCGUGAGUUGUCCGUGUGUUUGUGCGCCUGUUUUAUUUGAAUUGUCUUGUCAAAAAGUGACCAAAACAGCAUGCGCAGCACUUUGGAUGCAGCCAUUUGCAAAGAGAGAUGUGAUGAUCAUUUAAAGAGAUACAGAUUACCCAUAUAAGGUAGAGGAUGGGUUUUUACAGACUGUCUCCAUAGUGACAUAGCGCUGAGAAGUAAAUUGUAUGGGAGUGACUGAUCUGGGGUCAUUCCUGCUUGAGUAAUCAUACACUGUUAAAAUCUGUGCAGCUAUUUAUUGAAACAAUCCAAUCUUAAACUACCGCAUAUCUUCACUUAUCGGGUUUUAUCCAAUCCAGCAGUAUGUUCUUUCGACAUGUAUACUCUGAGUUAUUUCUUUUUGAUUUGUGUUGCAAUAAACUGCCUUUUUCCAUGA